AUAACAGAACUGCUGGUCAACUGCAGAAUUCUAUUAACCUGGCCCUGCAUAACGUUUAAGGCUCGUUUCGGGACCAAACAAACGCCUUUGGUUUGUUCUCCUGAAUGUCUUAUACCUUCAAUAAGGACCUGCAGCGCCACCAUCGGAUAACGAAGAUUUUCCGUACUACAGUAAAUUAUUUGUCGUCCGUCGUGCAUACAAGAAAAAGUUUGAUAUCUUUUGCUGUUAAUUCAAAGAGCAAACCAUGGGUAACGAAAGUUCCCUGCCCAUGGAGCUAUGCUCAAACUUCGAUGCUGAUGAGAUCCGUCGUCUUGGGAAGCGAUUUCGGAAGUUGGAUCUAGACAACUCGGGUGCCCUGAGCAUCGACGAGUUUAUGUCUCUUCCAGAAUUGCAGCAAAACCCCUUGGUACAACGUGUCAUUGAUAUAUUUGAUGCUGAUGGGAAUGGAGAGGUGGAUUUCAAAGAGUUCAUACAGGGCGUAUCCCAGUUCAGUGUUAAAGGGGACAAGCUGUCCAAGCUGCGUUUCGCCUUCGGAAUUUACGACAUGGAUAACGAUGGGUUCAUCUCUAACGGAGAGCUCUUCCAGGUUCUGAAGAUGAUGGUUGGCAAUAACUUGAAGGAUACCCAGCUCCAGCAGAUCGUGGACAAGACCAUCUUGUUCGCCGACAAGGACGAGGAUGGGAAAAUAUCCUUCGAGGAAUUCUGCAAUGUCGUCGGUAACACCGACAUCCAUAAGAAGAUGGUGGUAGAUGUUUAGAAAGAGAAGCCAGCAAAUUCCAACUUAACACCUGACCAAUUUAGAAUUGUUUGUAAGCAACUAAGGUUUAACUUUUUAGUAGUUAUUUCGUGCUAGUCGGUUUCAGCAAAUUUUAAUAUUCUAAAAUCAGACAAGUAAAAUCACUUUUUCGGGUUUCCGUUUUUUUCCGUUGAUUACGGUUGUGUGGUGCUAGCUAUGCAACAGCUUUGUUACGUUUUUAUUUUUUAUAUAUUUUAUACACGAUACCUAAGCUUUAAGGAUUCAUCUACGUCAUUUCAGGUCUAAGUUGGGAUGUUUUUUAGUCAUUAGCUUUUUAAGUUGAUUUUAGUAUUCACAUUGUAAAAAUUACAGAGCUCAUAUACAUGUACUGUGCUUGUUGUUUCCUGUUAAAAAUAUUUUAUAAACCAACAAAAAAAAUUAUAUCUGUAUAUUUAUUAAGGGUUGUUCUUUAUACUUUAAUCUAGGUGUUGUGUGUAUAGUUACAGAUCAACUUAAUAUUGUAUAAUCCUUAGUGCUAAGUGCUUCAUCUGCUUUUGGGAUGUACUUACAGAAUAGGGAAUCUCACCACUAUUUUCCAAACAGGCAUUGGACAAACUUUCUUCGUACAUUCAAGGGUGCUGCACAGGAAGGUUUGUUUGAUGCUAUCAGCACAAACUGAUGCAUUUCUAAAAUUUGACAAGGUUACAUCGGAUAACAAAUGGAAAACAAAAUGAGAACCAAAAGGGCUUAUUUGGUUUUCCCGCGCUUCUAAUGUACUCUUCAAAAUUUCAGAGACGCUUCAACUUGGCAAAUAUUCACUGUAAUAUCUUCAACUUUGUGUGAGGGUUGAGAACGACAAUGGAUUUUUGCUGUUGUUGAUGGAAUUGUUAAUUUUUAUCUAACACAAAAAAUAGCUAUCAAAGGUAGCAUGUAGUUGGAAAGUUAUUCCAGUAUAUUGUACCAUAUGUUAACCGGGUGCGUGAUGCAUAUUUUAAAGUUGAUGUUGUUCAAUAAAAGUUAUUCACCUCUCUGAAC